AUGUCGGUAUCGAUUGAUGAUCAUAUUCUCCCAAUAACAAGAAAUACCGGCAUCGCUUAUUUCGAACACCUAAAAGUUCUAUUUACUACUAAUUUAGGAGUGUUAAACCCUCCUUUUCCUGAGGAAUUUCGCGCAAUUUUACCAAAUGUUAAUUCGAAAAUCUUACAGAAAAAGAAAGUCAUGGAUGAUACAGUAAUACAAGAACUAGCAUUACGCGAUAGAAGUGCAGUCAUUCGAUACAUUAUUAAUAAUAUCAUUUAUAUUACUACAUCAGAUUCUCAAAUUGAGCAUAUAUUUAUGAUUAUUCUGCAAUCCUUUACAUCAUUAUAUUUCAAAGACAUCCAAAGCAUUGAUCUAGAAGAUUUAAAUUUUUAUUUAUCAGCACUUAUAUUAACAAAAAGAAUUUAUGCAUCGGGAAGUCAACUAGUAUUUCGAACUUUUUAUUACUUCUUCCUCAAAGUCGCAGGAUCUCCUUGUGCUGUUGAUUUUUUGAUUCAUUUGAACAUGUUUUUUGAAGUAUUUCAUAAUUUUCCGGGAUAUUUCCUACCAGCAAAUAUUGAAUUUUGCUUUUCUCUCAUAUCUUUAUGCAACGAACAACCGAAAUAUAUCGAAAACGAGCUAAUUUACCAGCAUUUUGCAAUAAUUCUAAGAGAAUUACGUGCCAAAUCAAAAGGAAAGCUAGAUGAGCAAUUUGUAAGACUAAUUUAUUUAACAAUUCUUCAGAUUAUUUAUAAAAAAGACAACGUUCAAUUUACGCCAUUUAAUUCACUCAUUCUUCGAUUUGCCAUUGAAAUCUCACGUCUUACGUCUAUUGUUUUUAGAGAAUUCGGCGUAAUUAUCAAUCAAGUUAUAAAUAAGCGAACAUUUACAGAUCCAAACGUUAUUUCUCUUAACGAUCCGAUCAAGCGAUCUACGGAAGUCUUAAUUCCAGCGUAUAUGUCCAUAAACGAUUACAAACAAAACUUACCAGAAGAAUAUAAGCCUCUUUUACAGUUUUUAGCCGAAACAAGUGAAGAAUCUGUACCUGCCGUCCUAUCAUCCAUGAUUAUUGACUCGCUAGGCUUUUUAAAGCCACCUUUAAUUGAAAUUUUGUUAAUAACCUUUUUAGAACCACCUUUUCGCCAACCACCAGCGAUGAGUUACUAUGAUUCAUUCCAAUCAUUCAGUAUCUUCUUCAAUGCCAUGUUGUUUACCCCUGAUUAUUCAUGUUUUCAAGAGCCAUUACCUUUAAUUGUGAAUUUAAGGCACAUUUCGGCCCAAGUCUUUGUUCUUUUGAACUACAAGAUCAAAGAUAUCACCAUGGUUAACACUAUUAUCCCAUUAUUGAUUAAUUCAUCACCAUAUCCUUAUUUAUUUGUUGAACUUUUGUAUUAUAUUCGGAGUUGCUUUGACUUUAACAACAUUUCUAACGAAUGCAUAUCCGAAUUCCUUGUUUGCUUGAACUCACAGCUCCAAAUGCAACUUAAAUUAGAAGAUGACAACUUUCCUUUCAUUGUUGAAUCGAGAAAACUGAUGAUGACGUCAAUGAAUGACCUGGCCAAGUCAGAUAAGUUCUGUAACAUGUGUGUUUCCAAUGAAGAAAUUAUAAAUACGAUUUGUAGUUUCUUGUUCAUCGAAACUGUUCAACGCGAAACAACUGUUUUGUUGUCUUCUCUCCUCUGCUACUCAGUGGAAACGAAUUCCGAGUGCAAUGUCAUAUAUUCACAGCUGACGAAGAUAUUGAAACAAAUCACAUUAGAACCAGAAAGAAAAUUAGAUGUUGGAGGAUCAAUUUUGAAUAUCUUCCAUUCUAGUUUGGUUUGUGCUAAAGAUGAGUUCUAUAUCACACUUGCAAAGUCCGAAUAUUUCAUUGCUGUAUCUCAAUACAUUCUUUCAUUAACAACAAUUGAAAAAACAACUUUUACUGAAUCAAGAAUUUCUCCUGUUUUUGUCACUUCACUUUUGAUUUUAUAUUCAUUAAGUAUUGCCAUGAUGAAAAGAAUUCUUGUUGUUAAUUGGAAUCCUAUAGCAGAUGUUAUAAGGAAAUUCGGGGUGUCUGAGGAAGUCUAUUCCGUGAUAAUCAUGAUAGUAAGUGUGAAUCAAAUAGAAUUCACAGGAAUUAACUGUAUCGAAGCUGGUUCUUUAAUUUUGCCAAUUUUGGAGUCACCUUUUCGAAGUGUUUUUUUGAAAGAUUUGUCAACUGUUGUUGCCAAAUCAUACAUACAAUGCAUCAAUUGCGUUAAAGCAGGUGUGCAUAAAUAUAUCUUGGAUAUAAUGAAAGAAAAUCCACCUGAAAAUGAAUCAAUGAUGAUGAUUGCAAUUUUGACAAAAAUUUCUUCGGCAAUUUUUGACAGGCCGUCACUUUUUAGAUGUAUUGAAUUAACUGAUCCCUCGAAAGAGUCUAAUAAGAAUAUAUCAACAAUACUUUCUUUCUUGAGUGGAAGUGUUAAUGAAACAUCUUCUCCUGUUACGAAUUUUCUGCAGUUUACGGCACAACUUGGAAGUGUAAAAUUACCUAAUUUAAAUGUCAGAGAUUUUCUUGGCCAAGUUACAGUAUCGAGUAAUGUUUUGUUAACAGAUUUCGACAAGACAACAGAUACUAUGCAUUUCAUUAAUUUCUGUAGUAUUAAUAACUUUUUAAGUUUUGUUUUUGAUAUGAAUAAUGUUUAUAUUUAUUCCAAUGUUUUUCCAACGAAAAUGAUUUCAUCGCAAAUCAAACAAUUGCCAAUGAACAAAUGGUUUAACAUUAUAAUUAGUUUUGAUUAUUUAAGUACUUUUAAUAUUUACAUUGAUGGAGAACAUGUUGCAAAACUCAAAACAUCUUGUAAUAGAUGGGAUGAAUACUUAGAUAAGAUUGUUAUGUUCCAUCCAAUACCUCAUUUAAACAAAGCAAUGAAUUCUAAUGUUAAUGGACAAGUUUCGAGAAUUUACGUUUUUCUGACGAAUGCAAAUGAGAGAAUUUUAGAAUUUUGUACGAAAAUUAAUUGUAACUUUAUUGAUAUUUUAUCUUUACCGAAACUUGUUCAGAUGUUUUCUCCUGAAUAUUCGCAAAAUAAUGCUAUGAUGAAUUUGGCUGAUGUUGAUUCACAACCAGCUAUUUUUACUAUGUAUUCAUUUAUUGAUGUUUGUCCUCUCAAAAACAUUUUUAUUGGUUCAAAAGGAAUCUGUUUGAUUUUGAGCCAUUUCUCGAGAAUUGAUUAUGAGAAAGAAAAUUCUGGAUAUAUAUUCGAAUGCCUGUUGAAAGCAAUAAGUGAAUUUAUUAAUUGUUCUCCUGAAAUAGAAAAACAAAUGGUUAGAUGUAACGCAUGUCAAAUUAUUUCUUAUUUCAUGUACAAACUGAAAAUAGAAUAUUUAACACCUAGAUUAAGAGGUUUCUUAAUGAACAUGGAACGAAACAUUAAAACAAAACCAUUGUUGAAUUCUUUCUAUCAACACAUAAUUAUAGAAUUCAGUAAUUGGUUUUUGUUGGAUGAAUCAACGAUUUAUUACAUCUUGAAAAUAUGGAAUGACAUAUCAGUAAAUCAUAUUGAUUUGUUUACUGAAUGUGUUUCUUUCACUUAUAUCUUUGAAAGAUGUUAUUAUUUGAUAGAAAACAACAAGUUUGGUCAUGAUGUAACAAAUGAAAUGUUGAAUUUAGUAAUAAUUUCUGCAAAACAAACAUGUAACAUGCAAACAAUUGGAUUGUUAAUCAAAUUGUUGCAGUUUCCAACAGGAAAUUCUGGAUUUUCUUUGAGAUUAUUACAUAUUAUUUCAACUUUAUCAAUAGAAGUUCCUGAAAUGCAAGAAGAAAUUCAGAAAAUAAUGAUAUACAUGAAAGAAAAAAUCUUUCAUAGAAAACCAAUUCUUUUUGUAACAAUUAUUGAAUUGUUUGCAAAUACUGAUGCAUUAUUUGUUGAUUGUGUCUUAGAUACAUUGAACAUGUGUAUUGAUAAUGAUAAGGAAUAUGUAAAUGGCAUGAUGACGACUUUUUGUAAUGAAUUAGUUGCAGCAAGUGAUGAAUCCAUUGAAGAUCUUUCGAAACAUGAAAGAUACAGAGGAAUGUCAAGUAUUUUACUUCCUUUUGUUUUUGUUAUUAGUUUUCACAUCGAAUCUGAUGUUUUAUAUCAUGUGAAAAACUUUUUACAUAAUCUGUUUUCACAAACUGACAAAGUCAGAAUUGUUUCGAAAUCUAUAACUACAUUAGGAUUAUUGUUUGCUUUGUUGUAUACUAUUGUCAUUGAUAAUGAUUUUCUUGCUUGUUUGGUUUCGAUUUUCCAAUAUAAUACUCAAUUAUUAGCUGAUGCAAUUGAAGUUAUUGAUAUUAUUAGUUUGUAUUCGAACAAAGAUUGCCAUUCUAUACAGAAUACAUUGGCAUCUGCACUUGUCUUCAUUGUCAUGGAAAGAAGAGAUAACAAAGAAAUUAAUGAUUUUAUUAAUAUUGUUUUCACUUUCUUGAUUUAUGGACAUCAAAGAAGUUGUUUCGAAAAACAUGAUAAUUCUGAAUUGGAAAAGAAGAAUUUCGAUUUAUUGCAGUUCGUUGAAUCAUUUAGACUUGGAUUGUAUAAUAAAAGGCAAAGUUCUUUCGGCCUUUAUUUCUCUGAUAAUACAUGGAAUGACUUGAAUAUCGCUGUUCUUUUAGUUCCUUUGAUUGAUUAUGUUGAUGCAAAUUCUACAACAACUGUAAAACAAUUGAUUUUGUUGAUGACUUUUAUGUUGAGACAAGAUAUAGAAUACGCUCAACAAGUCAUUCCUUUCUUGAAUACUAUUGCUGAAAGAACAGAUAUAAGUGUUCAAGAUUUGAAUCCUUUGUUUUUAGUCAUUUGCAAAAACAUUGAUUUGUUUAAACCUGCAACUGUUUUCUUCGGAAAAUAUGAACAGGCGAUUACUCAAAACGUCGAAGUUUAUAACAAUUCAACGAACGCAAUGAUGAACUUGAUACAACAAUUGAAACCAAGUUCAAACGUUGAAGACGUUUUGGUGAAAUUGUUCUCAAGUAACUUCGAAGCUCCUGCUAUUAAUGAUUUCACUCUGGAUGAAUCGAUUGAAAUGAUAAGAAAAGGUCUGAAAGCAAGGAAAGGAAAUCUAGAAAGGAAAUGGAGAAUGUUCUGGGAAAUGCUCAUUGAAGAUAGAACACUAUACUUCAAUCCGCCGACAGCAAAACAAUACGUAAGAUCUGAUAGAUAUGAUGCACAUUUCCGACCAAUUAUUUUUAAGAAAUUGAGAAAACAAACAAAAAUUGACAACGGAAAAGUUGAGAAAUCUUUGACGCCGGAAAUAGACUUUUUGAUUACAGAGAAAGAUCCUAAGUUCAUUGGUUCAAUUCCUCAUGAAUUAUGGUCUGCUCCUUGUCAAAAGAUUUCUGUUUCUAAAAGAACAGAUGGAAUUAUUUACAUCACACCGACAAAAAUCAUUUUCCAAGAUGAAAACAAAUCAUUGGAAAUCAGCGGUGAUUCCGUUGAAUGUCUGUUCUGGCACUGGACAUAUCAUCUUGCAGAUGCAAUAACCAUUUUCACAUAUGACUACAAAGGAUUCAUUUUCAGAUUCCCGAAUGAGAAAAAUCAUGAUUUCGUAAAACAAUUCAAAAAAGUGACAAUGCCAAAUUGUUUCUUUUUCCAAGAACACCCUCCUUACAUUGAGAUUGACCGCUUGUGCCUUACACAGCGUUGGAAGAACCAUUCGAUCUCCAAUUACGACUAUUUGACAUGGUUAAAUAUGUUGAGUGGAAGAUCAUUUUUGGAUGUCACGAAUUAUCCAAUUUUCCCAUGGUUACUUGUCAAUGAAACAAAGGAGACAUCGACAAGAGACUUAACACAUAACAUUGCUUACAUGAAUAAGAACUUGUUUACUUACAGAAGAAAAGUUCAACAAGAAAGUUUUGACCCGGCAGAUUUGACACUUUUUUCAUCCACUUUUUCGAAUUCUCUUUUAGUUGUUCAUUAUAAUUUGAGAGUUGAACCUUUCACGACAUUAUUCCAGCAGAUGAAAUGCGAAGAUGACAAUGAACAUUUCGUUUCAAUUAACAAAGAAUUGCAAGAAAUUUUGGAACGAAAAAGUGACAUGAAAAUUGACGAAUUACCUCCAGAAUUCUUUUUCAGUCCAGAGUUUCUUAAAGAAGGUGCAGGAUUGAAGGCUGUACAGUUGCCACAGAUUGCCAAAUCAGCAGAACAUUAUGUUUAUUUGAACAGAAAAUCCCUUGAAUCAGAAAAUGUUUCUAAAAGAAUAAACAGAUGGAUUGACCACGUCUGGGGCUUCAAACAGAGAGGAUCGAGUGCCUCCAUGGCCAUGAACAUGACUGACUACAGAUUGUAUGAUACAGUUCGAGAUGAAAACGAAUUGGAACAAAUUGAUGAAAAAACAAUUCGAAAUUUGUUGUGUUUGAAAGGUGCAGUUCCAAAAAUGUUGUUUACAGGACAACACCCUGUGAAAAUUGUUCAAAAACAACAGCAGAUCGAUCCAAAGAAGAGAGUUGUAUCCAUACAAAACUUAGAAAGCGCGGUUGUUGCUUUGAAAGUUUGUAACGGAACAACAGAAAAAUUCAGAAUCUAUUCAAUUUUCAGUACAGGAAAGAUGAUGUGUUUAAGGGUUGGCCAGAACACAUUUGACGUCAACAUGCCUGCCAUUGCUCAUUUCAUGGGUCCUGCAGCGAGAAGGACACAAGUUGCAUUCUUGGAAGGAGAUGGAACUCCAAGUUUUGCUUUUGUUUCUUAUAAUUCUCCAACUGUCAGAUUCUUCGAUUCUGAGUCACACCAAUACUUGACACCUGAUAUUACACCGCACAUUAAUCCAGUGACAAGUCUCUGCUCCUGUGGAAGAACAAUUGUUUCUGGAGGACAAAGCGGAGAAGUUGUUCAGUGGAUGUGUGAUGAAAAUCAGAAUUUCGAAGCAAUCGCAAUUUCAUUGGCACAUGACAAGCCAAUCACGUGUUUGAACGCAUCAACGAAGCUUGGAAUUGUCACUGCUUUGUCAUCUGAUGGCAUUUUGAUUAUUUUGACCAUUCCUGAUUUGAAAUAUCUCAGAUCUCAACAAAUUGAGAUUCCGAAAGAAGCAAUUUUCAAAUCUAUCAUAAUUUGUGAAGAGAUGGGAUAUAUCUGUGUAUUCUACGAACACGAGAACAAGACAUUUAUUGAGAAUUUCACAGUAAAUGGCUCAAGAAUCGGAAAAAGUUCUUUCGACGGGAAAUUCAUAGCAGCGAUAUCGUAUGUCAGUCGUCAGUUCUUCGACAUAAUCGCUCUGGCAACAACGAAAAAGAUCAUUUUCUUCAUUGACGCGUUUUCAUUGGGAAUCUUACACAAUCAGAAGUGCCAGAAUGAAAUUACUCAGAUGGCUGUGCACCAGGAAUCAUAUAGUAUUGUUGCUGCUACUCCUGAGAAUAACGUUUUUGUUAUUCAAACUGUUUUUUAG